AUGAAUCCUAUCUUACUCGCUAUAUUGUUGCAAUCUCUCAUCAAUGGAGAAGAUUUUUCCGUUGACGGCCAUCGCUUGAAACGUCAGUCUAUGGAUUGGAAGGCUUGGCCACAACUUCUUUGGGUGGACGGAGUGAACUAUUUCUUUGACGAUUCCGUCUCUGCUCAAACUAAGGCUGCGUUCAUAGACGCAGCGAAACAAUGGGAAAGUCACACCUGCAUCAAUUUCACAGAAAAUCCUUCGGCUAAAGACCGAGUGAAAGUGGCUGAGCUAUCAGGAUGUGAUUCAGACGUCGGCAGGAAGGGCGGCCUACAGGCAGAUCAUAAAGGAGACUUCGAAAAAUUUACACGAGAGCAGAACAAUAACUUUGGAUUGGCGUACGACUACGGCUCCAUUAUGCACUACGCCGCAGCGGAGUAA